AUCUCAUCGCCUCCUGUUAUGAAUAUGCAGGACCCUCCUAACUAUGCGCAACAUACGGUCCCCAUUUUCUCUUUACCCCAAGAAUGGCUAUGGUGUGAAUCUUGGUGCGGAAUGCUACAAAAUCGAAGGCUAAGACUAUCGAUCUGUGCAAUAAUCCAAUGACCAAGGAGCCGAAAGUUCAGGGUGCUCGAAGAAUAGUCUCCGAGUGGCCAGAGCUUGACGAAGAGGCAAGAAGAUUCACUGGCAAAGUUUCCGGUGAAGAAUUUGAGCCUUUGGCACCACCCACUGAAGAAUCCGGCAAGACCAACUCCAGUUCUGUUGAUUAUGCCAACAAGGAAUCGAGGUCAGAGCUGUGAUCGAGAGAGAAAUAGAGAGGCACCAUUUUCUUAGAAGUGGCCUUCAAACUCAUCAUAAAUGGCUGCUGAAGCAACUGUAGGCAUGUUCCAGUUGCAGCAAACGGUUGGCACUGUUCUUUGUUGCAUGUGUGGUGUUCCCAUAACUCCAAAUAAUGCAAAUAUGUGUGUAAAAUGCUUGCGCUCACAAGUUGACAUUACUGAAGGUUUACAGAAGCAUGUAAUAAUCUACCAUUGCCCAGAGUGUAAUUCUUAUCUGCAGCCACCCAAAACGUGGAUCAAAGCUCAGUUGGAAUCUAAAGAGCUUCUUACAUUUUGCAUUAAGAGGCUCAAGAAUUUGAACAAGGUUCAUCUGUCACAUGCAGAAUUUAUUUGGACUGAGCCACACUCUAAGAGAAUCAAAGUGAAAUUGAGAGUGAAGAAAGAGGUUUACCAUAACACAAUAUUGGAACAGGAAUACAUUGUUGAGUAUGUUCAGCAGGAACAUCUAUGUGAAUCGUGCUCUAGAGUUCAAGCUAAUCCUGACCAAUGGGUUGCAUCCGUGCAACUGAGACAGCAUGUAGCUCACAGAAGGACCUUUUAUUUUCUGGAGCAGGUAAUUCUUAAGCAUGAUGCAGCCGUUCGUGCUAUAAAAAUUAAGCAAAUGAAUGAGGGUAUUGACUUCUUCUUUGGUAACAGGAGCCAUGCAGUAAAAUUUGUGGAAUUUGUAGGCAGUGUAGUUCCAAUUAGGAGUCGGCAUGACAAACAGCUGGUUUCACAUGAUACAAAGAGCAAUAAUUAUAACUAUAAGUACACAUUUUCUGUUGAAAUUAGUCCAAUUUGCAGAGAGGAUUUGAUCUGCCUUCCCCCAAAAGUUGCUGUUGGCCUGGGGAAUUUGGGACCACUUGUCCUGUGCAUGAAGGUCAGCAAUAGCUUAAUGCUACUCGAUCCAUUCACCUUAAGGCAUGCUUAUUUAGAUGCGAACCAGUAUUGGAGGAUUGCUUUUAAACCCUUAUUGUCAAGCAGGCAGCUUGUUGAAUAUGUGAUUCUAGACAUAGAACCCACAAAUGUGGGGACGAUUCCUAAUGGCGCAAAGUAUGUAUUAGCAGAUGCGCAAAUUGCCCGUGUGUCAGAUUUUGGGAAAAAUGAUUUGAUUUUCAAUGUCAGAACACACCUUGGUCACCUUCUAGCUCCUGGGGAUUAUGCACUUGGUUACGAUCUAUAUGGAGCAAACAAUAAUGAUCUUGGACUGGACAAGUACAAAGGAUUUAGUCUUCCAGAUGCUGUUCUAGUGAAGAAGAGCUAUGAAGAGAAGCGCCAGAAAAGACGCGGAAAAGUUCGUCCUUGGAAACUUAAAAAUUUGGACAUGGAGGUGGACAAUCCUUCCAAGGGCAGGACAGAUAUUGAUAAGAGAAAUAUGGAGUAUGAAAAGUUCUUGGAGGAUUUGGAGGAAGAUCCAGAAAUGAGGUUCAAUGUAUCACUGUACAGAAACAAAGAAUAUCAACCUUCUGAGAUGACAUCUAUGGCUGAUGGAGAAGAUGUUCCUUCUGUACCGUUGGAGGAGCUGCUUGCUGAUCUUGUAUUAAGUGAUGAAGAAGAAGAAGAUUAUGUUAUGAUGAGUGAGUGAUGUGGUUCGGAUUUUUCAUUCACAUGGAAUUUCUUUCACUGGCGUUCAGUCUUGCAGCCUUGAUUUUUGAGGGAGUGCUGUAAGUGGCCUUUUUGUGCGGCUUGUAGUGAUUCUUUUGUGGAACUUUCAUCCAAGUGGUAUACAUUAAUGUGGUCAUUCUUCUUUUUGACAUGGGGUGUUAAGGUAUUUUAUUAAUUUGUUGUGAAGAGGUUAUAGCCAUUUGUUGGGUAGACCUUUAUCAGAUUGUGUCAAGUUAUCCAUUUUCUCCACAUAUAUUAUGCUCUCUUCCGCUA